AUGCCGUGGCCUUUCUCGGAGUCCAUCAAGAAGAGGGCCUGCAGGUACCUGCUGCAGAGGUACCUCGGCCACUUCUUGCAGGAGAAGCUCAGCUUGGAGCAGCUCAGCCUGGAUCUCUACCAGGGCACCGGCUCCUUGACGCAGGUCCCUCUGGACAAGUGGUGUCUUAAUGAGAUCCUGGAGUCUGCAGACGCACCUCUGGAAGUCACAGAUGGAUUUAUCCAGUCAAUUUCCUUAUCUGUUCCGUGGGGGUCGUUGCUACAAGAUAACUGUGCAUUAGAAGUAAAAGGAUUAGAAAUGGUCUUCAGGCCAAGACCAAGGCUUGCAUCUGGGUCUGAGCCUAUGUAUUGGUCAAGUUUUAUGACCAGUAGUAUGCAGCUUGCAAAAGAGUGUCUUAGCCAAAAAUUGACAGAUGAACAAGGAGAAGGGUCCCAGCCUUUUGAAGGACUUGAGAAAUUUGCAGAGACUAUUGAAACAGUUCUAAGAAGAGUGAAGGUUACCUUUUUAGAUACUGUUUUGCGAAUAGAACAUGUGCCAGAAAACUCUAAAAGUGGAACUGCACUUGAAAUCAGAAUCGAAAGAACUAUGUACUGUGAUGAAACUGCAGAUGAGUGCUCUGGAAUUAAUGUACAUCAACCCACAGCUUUUGCUCACAAGUUACUGCAGCUCUCAGGUGUCUCUUUCUUCUGGGAUGAGUUUCCUGCAUCAGCAAAGUCCUCCCCAGUGUGUUCAGCUACACAGCUGGCAACUGAACCAAAGCUUUCACCUAGCUGGAAUCCAAAAAUAAUUUAUGAACCACAUCCCCAAUUAACAAGGAACUUGCCAGAAAUUACACCUUCUGACCCUGUACAGAUCAGUAAGCUGAUUGGUAGGAUGGACUUGAGCCUAACAUUAAAGCAAAAUGAAGUACUUCCUGGAGCUAAGUUGGAUGUAGAUGGACAAAUAGACUCUGUACAUCUAUUUCUGUCACCAAGGCAGGUGCAUUUCCUGUUGGACAUGUUAGCAGCUAUUGCUGGACCAGAGAGCCUAAGCAGGAUAGAAUUGUCAAAUAAAGAUAGGAAGAACCGGCCAAUGCAACAGGAAGAUGAAUAUCGGAUUCAGAUGGAGCUGAAACGUUAUUUAAGAAAAGAGUCUUUGUCUGCAGGAGCAUCAUCUGAGCAAAGCUUCUAUGAGACAGAGAGUGCCAGAACGCCUUCUAGUCGUGAAGAAGAAGUUUUCUUCUCAAUGGCUGAAAUGGACAUGUCUCACAGCCUUUCCUCCCUUCCGCCUCUUGGAGACCCUCCAACUAUGGAUCUAGACUUGUCUUUAGCCAGUACAUAUACAAAUACACCAGCAGGAUCUCCACUGAGCACUACAGUGCUUCAACCAACUUGGGGUGAUUUUCUUGAUCGUAACAAACAAGAACUACAACCUCCAAGAGGUUCUUCACUUACAGCCAACAUGGUUCACCAGACUUCCUUAAGAAGGACAUCUAUUCCAUCCAGAUCUGUUUCUGUGGAUGAAUCCAGACCUGAGCUUCUUUUUAGACUGGCAGUUGGAACUUUCUCAGUGUCUGUACUUCAUAUUGACCCUUUACCCCCACCUGAAAGUUCACUGAACCUUAACCCAUUGACACCAAUGGCUCGGGAUUUCUUUACCCGAAUAGAAAAGAUUGAGCCCGUUAAGUUUUCAACAGAAGAUUUUCUGUCCUUCCGAGAAGUAUUUGCAGAAGCUUGUUCUCAUGAUCACCUUAGAUUUAUAGGUACUGGCAUCAAAGUGUCUUAUGAACAAAGACAAAGGACUGCCUCUCGAAGUUUUAGUACUGAUUUAUCCAUUGGGAAUAUGGAGUUCCUGGAAUGCCUUUUUUCUACUGAUUCUCAUUCCAUUCAGCCUCACUAUACGGAGCUGCUGACCUUUCAUUCUGAAGAAGGAAAUGAUUCUCAUGCUGUACCAUGCCUUCAGCUUCAUUAUAAGCAUUCAGAUAAUAGAGGACCUCAGGGUAGUCAAGGGAGACUCAGUUCUGUUCCACAGAAAGCAGAAUUACAAAUAAAGUUAAGUCCAGUGUUUUGUGAGGUGGAUAUUAGUAUUGUAGACAGAUUAAAUUCCUUACUUCAACCACAGAAACUAACUGCAGUGGAGAUGAUGGCAUCCCACAUGUAUGCUUCUUACAACAAGCACAUAAGUCUGCAUAAAGCUUUUACUGAAGUUUUUCUGGAUGAUUCACAUACUCCUGCAAACUGUAGAGUUUCAGUUCAAGUCACUGCCCCAGCAUUAAAUCUCUCUGUUCGCUUCCCAAUACCUGACCUACGGUCAGAUCAGGAAAGAGGACCAUGGUUUAAGAAAUCACUUCAGAAGGAAAUUCUUCAUCUUGAAUUUACAGAUAUGGAAUUUAAAACCGAGUUUGUAGGAGGGUCAACUCCAGAACAAGUUACGUUAGAACUUACCUUUAAAGAGCUAACUGGUUCGUUUGAAGAAGAUAGUGCAGAAGCACCCAUAAAAUUUUUUCAAGUGUCUGGUGGCGUAGAUGGAGAUAUAACAUCAUCCUCAGAUAAUUUUGACUGGCCUCGGAUUGUGUUGAAAAUAAACCCUCUGGCUGUGCACUCUAUUCUGGAAAGGAUAGCAGCUGAGGAGGAAGAAGGUGAUAAUAACUUUCAAGAGGAAGAAGAAGGAGGGUCUCAUUCUUUGAAGGAUGUCUGUGAUAUUAGAAGACCAGAGCCUUCUCCUUUUUCUUCUCGUAGGGUCAUGUUUGAAAAUGAAGAGAUGGUGAUGCCAGGAGAUGUAGUUGAAAUGACCGAGUUUCAAGAUAAAACAAUUAGCAAUUCUCAUUAUGUACUGGAACUCAUGUUACCAAAUGUUCACUUAACGUUACCAAACAAAAGCUUUUAUGAAAAACUUUACAAUAGGAUCAGCAAUGAUUUAUUGUUGUGGGAACCCACAGCUCCAUCUCCUGUGGAAACAUUUGAAAACCUUUCCUAUGGUGUUGGACUAUCUGUGGCCAGCCAGCUCAUCAACACUUUCAGUAAAGACAGCUUUAGUCAAUUUAAAUCUGCAGUUCAUUAUGAUGACGAGAGUGGAUCUGAGGAAGAAACACUACAGUAUUAUUCCACUGUUGAUCCAAACUAUCGUUCACGCAGAAGGAAAAAGCUUGACUCUCAGAAUAAGAACUCGCAAAGCUUUCUGUCUGUUCUGCUGAAUGUGACACAUGGAUUAGUGUCAAUAUUCACAGAUGUAAAGCAUUAUGAUGGAAAUACACUGGAAGGAAAAUAUGGCGAAUUCUGGUUUGAGUUCAACGGUGGUUCGCUUUUCAGUGUGACUAAAUAUGAAGGCUUUGAGGACAGACAUUAUGUUUGUCUCCAUUCUAACAGCCUCAAUUUAUAUCAUCAAGGUAUGGUAGAUGGGAUUGUCCCUUCCUCUGAAGUACGACUGCCCAGCACGAUACGUCCCCAUUGGUUGGAACCUACUAUUUGUUUUUCUGAAGAAGAUAGUCUUAGUAGGACUACUUCAGAGGGUGCAGGAGUGGAUUGUCCAAGUAUGCUGACUGUUGCAGUCAAAAUACAAUCAGAUAAAAUAGAGAGCAAUACAAAGGAAUUUCUGGUUGCUGUUGGACUAAGAGGAGCCACCCUUCAGCACAGAGUACUGCCUUCAGGUUUAAGCUGGCAUGAACAGAUUUUAUAUUUUUUGAAUAUUUCUGAUGAGCCUGUUCUGGGAUAUAAUCCUCCAGCUACGAUUACAACAUUUCAUGUACAUCUGUGGAGUUGUGCUCUUGAUUACAGGCCCUUGUUUUUGCCAGUCAGAUCUCUGCUUACUGUUGAAACUUUCAGCAUUUCCAGCAGUGUUGCAGUAGAUAAAUCAUCUUCUACUCUCAGAAUAAUUUUAGAUGAAGCUGCUUUGCAUCUGUCUGACAAGUGCAACACUGUUGUGGUGAACCUCCAUAGAGAUUAUGUUCGUGUUAUGGAUAUGGGACUGCUGGAACUAACCAUUACAACGGUAAAAUCUGAUUCGGAUGGGGAANAGACUAAACCACAUUUUGAGCUGCACUGUUCCAGUGAUGUAAUCCAUAUUCGUACCUGCUCCGAUUCAUGUGCUGCACUAAUGAAUCUUAUACAAUAUAUUGCAAGUUAUGGUGAUCUACAUCCACCGGCUAAGACAGAGAUUAAACGUGGAGUUAGCAAGCCAAAAAUGAAGGUAGAGACCUUUAGCCAACCAUCUUCCCAUGGACCAGUCCUCGCUGAAUCAGAGCAACAGAUUUUACGGGAUUUGAUGAGUGAUGCAAUGGAGGAAAUUGAGACUCAGCAGACUGCUUCCACCAUGAAGCCAGAGUCUAACGGAGUUUUGGAUGACAGAUCUCAAACUCAGGAGCCCUCUUGCUCAGAUCUCUUCCUGUUUCCAGAUGAAAGUGGAAAUGUCUCACAAGCUCCAAGUCCCACUUAUGCUUCAUUCACUCAUCACCUGAUAAACGAGGCCAUGGGAGAUGUUCCCACAGAAAGCGAUGAUUUCUGCAUUCUUUUUGCACCCAAAGUUGCUGUUGCUGAAAAAGAGGAAGAGCCAGUAAUAAAAAUAAUGGUUGAUGAUGUGAUUGUCAUAAAGGAAAAUCAUUUCAGCCAACCUAUAAAAAAAACUGAUACAAGCAAAGCUCCCCUCAAUUUUCCCGUUCCUCUGGUACGCUAUGUUGUAAAGGAAAUCUCUCUUAUUUGGCAUCUUUAUGGUGGAAGGGAUUUUGGGACUGCACCACCAACAUCUCCAGCUAAAAGUUUCAUAAGUCCCCAUAGUUCUCCUUCACAUACACCAACGAGGCACGGACGGAGUACAGCUUGUGGGGGAAGAGGAAGGAACCCAGACUUCCUAAUGGAAAUACAGUUAAGCAAGGUGAAAUUCCAGCAUGAGGUAUACCCUCCAGGUGGUGCAGAAGGUGAAUCCAGUCUGUUGGAGCAGCCAGUGUCUGUGGAGCAGCCAGUGUCACGGCAGGUUUUUAUUGUUCAGGACCUGGAGAUCAGAGAUCGCUUAGCUACAUCACAGAUGAAUAAAUUUCUCUAUCUCUACUGCAGUAAGGAGAUGCCCAGAAAAGCACAUUCAAACAUGUUAACAGUUAAAGCAUUACAUGUCCGUCCAGAGUCUGGCAGAUCCCCACAGGAGUGUUGUUUGCGUGUUUCACUAAUGCCACUUCGCCUCAAUAUUGACCAGGAUGCCUUGUUUUUCCUGAAGGAUUUUUUCACUAGCCUCUCUGCAGAAGUAGAACUCUUAGUUACUCCAGAUCCUGAAG